CCUCUGAUCAUCCCCCUCUCAUCAUCCAUGGAUACGCUUACCAUCGAAGGAGAAGACGAGGCGGCGUUGGCCUCGCUCGUCCCCGCUCCUCCGCACCGCAAGACGCAGUCCUUCAGUCACCAAUUCGACCUGAAGCCUCAUCCUCAGAUCCGCCGCAGCCGCAAGCACAGCCUCGACGAGAUCCCUCAAUCCGCCGCUUUAGCCGCCGAAGCCGCCGUCUAUUUCGACUCCUCCGACGACGAGUUCUCCACCGGAGGACUCGUCGUAAACGGCGACAACGUCUGCGACGGAACCGUCACAGGCGAGGAUUACGCCAUCGUCACGCCUCCUCCCGACGCCGUCGUCGGGGAGGACGACGUCAAGCCGCUCCCGGAGUUCAUCGGCGCGGGAGGCGGUGCCGGCAUUUUCAAGGUGCCGGUGCGCGCGGCGGUGCAUCCCGGACGGCCGCCGUGUCUGGAGCUGAGGCCGCAUCCGUUGAGAGAGACGCAGACGGGGAAGUUCUUGAGGAGCAUCGCUUGUACGGAGACGCAGCUAUGGGCGGGGCAAGAGAACGGCGUGAGGUUCUGGAACUUGGAUGACGUGUACGAGCCAGCGAGUGUGAUCGAGGGCCAGGUACGGCGAGGGGAUGAGGAUACGUCGCCGUUCCAUGAGUCGGUUAUUACUUCCCCCACAUUGUGUUUGUUGGCUGACCAAAGCAACAAGCUUAUGUGGAGUGGGCACAAAGAUGGGAAGAUCCGGGCUUGGAAGAUGGAUCAGAGGCCUUGUGGUUCUGAUGAUGAUUUAAAUCCUUUUAAGGAGCGAAUCUCCUGGCAAGCUCAUCGUGGUCCUGUGAAUUCAAUUGUCAUUAGCUCUUAUGGUGAUAUGUGGUCAUGUUCUGAAGGAGGUGUGAUCAAGAUAUGGCCUUGGGAGUCGUUGGAGAAAUCUCUUCUGCUUAAACCGGAAGAGAAACACAUGGCUGCUUUGUUAAUAGAGAGGUCUCCCAUUGACCUCAGGAGCCAAGUUACUGUCAAUGGGACGUGCAGCAUAUCUUCCUCUGAAGUCAAGUAUUUGUUAAGCGAUUCAGUUAGAGCUAAAGUGUGGGCUGUGCAGUCACUCUCAUUCUCAAUCUGGGAUUCUCGGAGUAAAGACCUCUUGAAAGUUUUAGACGUGGAGGGGCAAGCUGAGUGUCGUGCGGACAUGCCACCUCUACAUGGCCAACAAGGUGACCACGAGACGAGAGUAAAGUUUCCCACACCUUCCAAAAAGGAAAAAUCACCGGGCUUCCUACAGCGAUCUCGUAACGCCAUAAUGGGAGCUGCAGGAGCUGUUCGCCGAGUCGCCACCAGAAGCGCAGGAGGGUUUGUGGUGGAAGACACAAGGAAAACAGAAGCUAUCAUCUUAGCCGUAGACGGAACAAUCUGGACCGGAAACAUGAGUGGCUUAAUCGUCCAGUGGGAUGGAGAUGGGACCCGCUUGAGGUAUGUGAACCAUCAUCACAGGGCUGUUAUGUGCUUUUGCACUUUUGGAGAUCGAAUCUACGUGGGAUAUGCGAGUGGAUACAUCCAGGUCUUGGAUCUUGAUGGAGAUUUAGUAUCAAGCUGGGUUUCGCAUAAUGAGCCUGUGAUAAAGCUGGCAGCUGGUGGUGGUUUUGUUUUUAGUUUGGCCACUCAUGGUGGAGUAAGAGGGUGGUACGUGGCGUCUCCAGGACCUUUGGAUAAUAUAAUCCGAACGGAGUUGUCUCAGAAGGAAACUUUAUACGCAAGACAAGACAGUGUUAGGGUUUUGAUUGGUACGUGGAAUGUUGGUCAAGGAAGGGCUUCACACGGUGCACUUAUGUCGUGGCUGGGGUCUGUCACUUCAGAUGUUGGUAUUGUCGUUGUUGGGUUGCAAGAAGUGGAUAUGGGGGCAGGUUUCCUUGCCAUGUCUGCUGCUAAGGAAACGGUUGGACUUGAAGGAAGUGUUGCGGGGCAAUGGUGGAUUGAUGCAAUUGGGAAAGCACUUGAUGAGAAGAAAACUUUCGAGCGUAUGGGUUCAAGGCAGUUGGCAGGGCUUCUUAUAUCUCUUUGGGCGAGGAAGGAGAUUAGAACACAUGUUGGAGAUCUUGAUGUUGCAGCAGUCCCAUGUGGCUUUGGCCGUGCCAUUGGCAACAAGGGGGGUGGGGGUCUGAGAAUCAGAGUUUAUGACCGUACCAUGUGCUUCGUGAACUGCCACUUGGCUGCGCAUUUGGAGGCAGUUAACCGCAGAAACGCUGAUUUUAAUCACAUUUUCCGGUUAAUGGUCUUCUCACGAGGACAAAACCUAAGUAACGCUGCAGCUGCUGGUGCCUCAACAGCCGCUUAUACACUAAAGACUACCACUAAUCCAAGUCCUGGCGCUGAAGAAGUCAAAUCUGAUUUAGCAGCAGCAGACAUGAUUGCAUUCUGUGGCGAUUUUAACUAUAGGCUGUAUGGUAUAACCUAUGAUGAAGCAAGAGACUUCAUUACGCAGCGAUCCUUUGACUGGCUUAGAGAAAUGGACCAGCUUAGACAAGAGAUGAAGCUUGGUAAAGUCUUCCAAGGGAUGCGUGAGGCAUUGAUCACUUUCCCUCCCACUUACAAAUUUGAAAGGAACCGCUCAGGCCUAGGAGGAUAUGAUUCAGGAGAGAAAAAGCGAAUCCCUGCAUGGUGUGACAGAGUUAUAUACAGGGACACACAAUCAACCCCAUUCUCAAAGAGCAACUUGCAAUGUCCUGUAGUCUCAUCGGUUAUAAUGUACGAAGCUUGCAUGGAUGUUACUGAGAGCGAUCACAAACCCGUGCGCUGCAAGUUUCAUGCGACCAUAGCUCACGUUGAUAAAUCCGUAAGGAGACAGGAGCUGGGGAAAAUAAUAAAGUCCAAUGAAGAGAUAAUAUCCAUAUUCGAGGAAUUAAAACAUGUUCCAGAAACAACUGUGAGCACCAACAACAUUGUUCUUCAGAGUCAGGACACAGGGACCUUAACAAUCACAAACAAUUCAAACACCAGCAAAGCCAUUUUCACCAUUCUCUGCGGUGGUCAGACUAUAGUUAAGGAUGAUGGAGAAGAAGAGGCUGAGUAUAAUCCACGAGGCUCCUUUGGUCUACCUCGCUGGCUUGAGGUUUCACCAGCAUCCGGGAUAAUUAAACCAGAAGAAGCCGUGGAAGUGAAAGUUCAUCACGAAGAUUCACACACACUGGGAGAGCAUGUUGAUGGUAUCCCACAGAGUGAAGACACUCGAGACAAAGAAGCAAUCCUGAUGGUGAACAUUAGAGGAAGCUGCUCAACUGCAUGGACAAGCCACUCUAUCAAAGUCCGUCACUGCUUCUCAGCUGGAGUAUGUCUCCUUGAGUCCAAACCACCAAACCUAACAGAGAACCUAGACGGUUCACCUGGAGAAUAUGGUGAGGAGCACUAGUAGCAUUGACCGUUACACUUGUAGCAUUCUUUGGAGAAUCCAUUUUUUGUGUCCGAAACUGUAGAUUUCUCUCCCGAUACUAUUCCUCGUAUUCAACUUUUGACUCUCUUUAGAUUCAAGUAGACUUGUGUACACAUUUGUUACCCUUACAUAA